CUUUUUUCUUCACACAUUCAGAACUCUUCGUUAUGAGCGCCGUCAACGAGCAGAAAGCAGUGGCUACCAAUGCCAUCAAGGUCCUAACCGUCGUUGACUGGGCCCAAACAUCCAAAGGGAAACCUGUUUACGUGCAGUUCACCAGGCAGAAGCCUCCACCAGUUGAGGCCACACGUACAUGGCGAGGAGAGGUGCUUCCAAACCCUCCUCCCCGUCCCCCAUCCAAACUUCCUCCCCCGGCCUGCAACGAGCUCGUAGUCUCGACCCAAAAUGCCAUUGGUCAAGGUCGUUGUGGGACCAUAUUCGCUGUGGACACCAUGCGAAUGACCAACCCCAAGAACCCGUCGUUUAGACUAUUCCAUCCCCGAGCUCCCUAUCUGCCCGACCUGGUCAUAAAAGUGGCCGCUCUCGAUCGUGCUGAAAGUCUCGCCCACGAGGCUGCCAUGUACGAGGAGAUGGAGCUGCUCCAAGGCGUCUCUCUUCCUCGUUGCUAUGGCUUGUUCACGGCCAACCUCCCCUCCGACAUCGUGAUCCCCGCAUUGGGUUCUGAGAAGCUCCCGCCCUUGACACCCUCUAACCCCGUCCAAUCCAAUAACAGACAAGUGUCAAUCCUUCUACUCGAGCGAGUCGGAGAUCCAUUGCCACUCGGCGACAAACUCCAGGAAGAAGGCGAUCUUUGGGACGUAUUCCGGGAUCUCGCCCGCAUGGGUAUUGAACAAACCGACAUACGGUAUUCCAACAUCCUCCAGGCGCCGAACUCGUCGGGCAGCUUCCCAAGCACCGUCUGCCCCUUCCACGGCACAGUCCACAAUUACCGCAUCAUCGACUUCGAUUCCGCAAGGAAGACUGACCUUACGUUAAAACGACACUACUUCAAUACCCUCGAAUACCUCGGUCCCAUCCUUGAAAACAUGAAGCAGGGCGUCAUCGUCGAGCCAUGGGACAUCAAAACGAAACCCGACAGGCCAAGCGCUCUGUGAUACCCACCCCCUCCUGGACCCACUAUCACACUCACAGCAACUCAACUUGCAUCACAUGUACUACUAGUCUCGUCAUGUCCCCCGCAUGACCCUGCAUUCAACAUUGGACUUUGAAUCAUCACAUUUUGUCACCCCAUUAUCGGUUUCUAAAUCGAGCAUGUCGUCGCUAUUGUUUAUACCUUGGAUCUUACCUGCUAUGUCUGUUUUCUGGCCUCAAUGUGACCGCAACAUUUUGAAAC